UUCAAGUGCUAAGACGUAAAAAUCAGAAAUAAAAACACCGGUCGCAAAAAAAUAAUAUAGAAAAAUCAAGAUGUGGCUAAAAGUCAUUGUACUUGGAAUAUUCCUGACUUGGGCAAGCGCUCAAAACAAUUCGGCUCAACCGAAAGUCGUUUGUUAUUACAACUCAACGAGCUUCUUACGUGAAGGUUUGGGAAAAGUCGUCAUCAAUGAUGUGGAACAAGCGUUACCUUUUUGCACACAUUUAGUUUAUGGAUGGGCUCAAGUUGACUUUACCACAAAUAAAGUUGUUUCCAGUAAUCCCUCACUCGAUCUUGAUUCGGGCAAAGGUAACUUCCGUCUCGUGACUACGUUGAAACGUCGCUAUCCUCAAGUAAAAUUCUUGCUUGGUUUGGGUGGCUUGCCCUACGACAAGGAACGUACUGAGGCCUAUUACGGUGUCUUGGAGAACAGCGGACAUCGUUUGUCGGUGAUAAACAGUGCUUACGAAAUCAUCAAGACCUACGACUUUGAUGGCAUCAAUGUAGCAUGGGAGUUCCCACCAAUUAAACCAAAGAAAAUCCGAAGCACUCUCGGAAGUUUCUGGCAUGGAACGAAGAAAUUGUUUGGCGGAUCGAAACCAGUUGAUGAGAAAGCCGAUGAACAUCGUGAAGCUUUUACAUCACUUGCACGUGACUUCAAGAAUGCCUUCAAACUAGACAACUACAUUGUUGCUGCUACUGUUUUGCCGAAUGUUAAUGCAUCACAUUAUUACGAUGUACCAGUCGUCAUGAACCACUUGGACUUUGUUGUCUUGGGCUCUUUUGACUUCUACACACCAGAACGUAAUCCAAAAGAAGCUGAUUUUUCUGCUCCCUUGUACCCCUUGAGUGAACGCAAUCCCGAAUUGAAUGUCGAUUCUCAAGUCAAUUACUGGUUGAGCAAUCGCGCUCCCGCUACAAAGGUCGUCGUUGGAAUUCCAACUUUCGGACGUGCCUGGGAAUUGGAUUCUGAUUCCGGAUUGACUGGAGUUCCUCCACUAAGUGCUGAUGGACGUGCCGAUCCUGGACCACAAACGCAACAAAAAGGAAUUUUGAGCUGGCCCGAAGUAUGUGCCAAAUUGCCAAAUCCCAGCAACGCCAACAAAAAAGGUGCCGAAGGACCUUUGCGUAAAGUUGGCGAUCCAACAAAACGUUAUGGAUCGUAUGCUUAUCGUUUGGCUGAUGAUGACGGCGAAUGGGUGUCGUACGAGGAACCCGCAACGGCAGCAAUUAAGGCACAAUACGUCAAAGCAAAGGGAUUAGGUGGUAUUGGUAUUUUCGAUAUUGACAAGGAUGACUUCCGCGGCGCCUGCCAAGGUGAAAAAUAUCCAAUUUUGAGAGCUGCUAAGCAACCGUUGUAGCAACCAGAUUGUGUGAGAGUGAGUUUGAAAGAAAACUCACCGAUGAAUGUGACUAAAAUCUAAAUUUUUAUACAUCUUGACAAUAAAAAGGAAUAAAAUUUUAACAAAUUU